GAGAAACGUUUGCUUGGAGGGCGCAAGCGCGACGCGGGCAUUUCGCGCGCCGCGCGCAUGCGUUGCACCGCGUGUCCCGCUCUCGUCGGCUCCCCAUCGCCCUCGGCGCCGAACACGCCUGCUUCCAUCCAUCCGCCACCAGAUCCCACCAACGCAUCCUCUCCUCCCACCGCGACCCGGGCCUCUCUUCCUCCCUCCUCCCGCCUGUAGGCGCCGCGCCCCUCGUGGAUCGCCCUUCUGCCCCGCCGCGGAGUGCUGGUGAUCCAUCCGGAGUUGGAUUGGUCUCUAUUUUUUGUUGGUAAGAAACCUUUGCCGCCAAACAACAUCACGGGAUCUGCUGAAAUGGGAGGUGUAAUUGGACAUGGUGACUCGCCAAGGAACAGUUCGCCUGCAUCGAAGUUAGAGAAGAAAAUGGUUGAAGCCAUGCAGCAGAGGGCAUUACUUGGAACUUCUGUGAAAUCAUUCAAUAGUGUUAUCAUGAAGUUCCCUAAAAUUGACGAGAGCUUGAGAAACUGCAGGUCUAUCUUUCAACAAUUUGAUGAAGAUUCCAAUGGUGAAAUAGAUCAACAGGAACUGAAGCAUUGUUUCCAAAAGUUGGAUAUCGCAUCUACAGAAGAGGAGAUAAAAGAUCUUUUUGAGGCAUGUGACAUUUAUGAACACAUGGGCAUGAAGUUCAAUGAGUUUAUUGUCUUCCUGUGCCUUGUUUAUCUUCUCAAUGAUCCGGCGGUGUCAGAAGCAAGAAAAAGAAUGGGAUUAGGUAGCCUUGAGCCAACAUUUGAGACAUUGGUUGAGUCAUUUGUCUUCUUGGACAAGAACAAAGAUGGGUAUGUCAGUAAGAACGAGAUGAUACAAGCAAUAAAUGAGACCACUGCAGGAGAGCGCUCUUCUGGGCGCAUAGGCAUGAAAAGAUUUGAGGAAAUGGACUGGGACAAGAAUGGAACAGUGACCUUCAAGGAAUUUCUCUUUGCUUUUACUCGCUGGGUGGGCAUUGAUAAUGAUGACGACGAUGACGAAGAAUGAGUGCAACUGAAGAUUAGCCAUUCUGAAUAGGCCAAGUCAGCCAUCAGGAGGCCUCCAGCAUUUCUCCUACUGCGAAUUGGAGUAUUAAAUGACAAUUAAAAGCACUUCAUGUUCCUUGGUGUCUAGCUGAUCAUGGAUGUUUAUGUUCUUGUUAAUAUAAUGAACCCAAAUUGUUUCUAGUUGUGGCAGGAGUUUGCUGAUAAAGAAGUUAUAUCGGUGAGAUGGUGCUAUCGUAGGUAACCAGUAACCCUGUUAUUAAAAUUUUUUGCACGCUGCUAAAAGAUUGCAAAGUU